AUGAUUUACACUUCUAUGGCUAGAGUAAUAAAAUAAAAAUUAUCUAUGGAUCGACCUUGUCCAUCGAUCUAAACACCAAGUAGCUCAACUGAUUUUAGUGGUGAUAUAACCUCACAUAAUUCCAUCAUAUUUUCUCGAUUUUAUCCAAAUAGCAUUACAUAUUGAAUAAUUAAUAAAAAUGAGCGUACCUUUACCUCCCGGAACUGGAAUCGAGAAUAUUGAUGGUGACCAAAUUAAAACAUUUAAAGAAUUUCUCAUAUCUUACAAUAAACUAACCGAGCUGUGUUUUACUGAUUGUAUUGUAGACUUUUCAUCAAGAACCAUAAAAGGCAAAGAAGAAAAAUGCGCACUAAACUGUAUGGAGAAAUUUCUGAAAGUAAACCAAAGAAUAUCACAGCGUUUUCAAGAAUUCCAAGUUUUAGCUAACGAAAGCGCCAUAGCGGCCGCUCAAAAAAUGGAAAAAAGUGCAGGAUAAAUAAAUGUCAAUAUUGUAAAGAAUUUUAUUUAUGUAGUUAUUAAAUAACAAGUUUUUUGUUUGUUUUUUUUAAAUAAA